AUGAAUGACAAUUUAGAAAAUGAAGAAUCUACUGUAUUGAAAUUUGUCCAAGACUUUUUUAAUAGCUAUGAUAAAAACCGUCACAUACUCCACACAUUAUUUCCAGAAGAUGGUACAUUUGUUGUGCUUGGCAACCGUAUGGUAGGCCAUUCAUCAAUUCAACAAGCUAUGUUAACAAUGGCUACAACAACUCAUCAACUCUUCAGCAUUGACAUUAAUAGUCUCGACAUGCAGUUGCCAGAAAAAGCAUCAAUGUUUCAAGUAUUGUGUGCAGGUGAUGUCGAGUUUGGAAGUGAUGCACAAAUACACGGAUUUACUGCUACUCUUUUAGUAUAUUUUCAGAAGCCCAACGUUCUGAAUGUUGUAUCGUUUGACGAACGAUGUCAAUGGCCUAAAUUGUCCUAG